UGUGGCUGAAAUAGCCGAAUCCACUAAUUUGAAGGGGUGUCUACAUACUUUUGUAUAUAUAGUGUAUCAUGUAGUUCUCACACAACACAUUAAGCUAGAUUUAGCAAGUAUCCAUGACUCAUUGUUAUCCAUUAACAAUUGAAUACUGUCACUUGGCACAAAGGUGUGAAUAGUGUGUGUGUGUGUGUUAGUAGUUUCUCAUAUUCAGAAGAAAGCCAAGUGGCACUUUUACACACCAUGUGAGGUGUUGUGAUUGCCACAGACUUAUUCCCUUUCCCCACAUGAACUGCUGGCCAGGCAGAGAUCUCAGAAAAGCAGGUUUCAGGGAUCUGUGCCAAGAACAGGCUCCAGUCUAGACAAUGCAAGUACCACUUAACCUUAUGCCCAGCAAAUGUCUCACGCUUUUCAACCAAUCACAAAUUAUUAUGAAGAUCAUUCGUAAUAACAUGUAGGUAUAGCUAAACACAAGUACCUAAUGCAUGCAUUCCCAUAAAUCUGAACAAGUGGAAUUGAUCUGAAACAAUAUGCAAGGUAGAUUUGUAUUAUUUCACAAUGCAUAUCAGUCAAAGAUGCCAGUUACUUUUUAAGGCAACUUUGGAAAGAUGCUGGUACACCUGUCGAAUAGAGAAUUUACUGUCACCGCCCAAUUUCGGCUUUGUGAUCUCGCGAUAGCAAACCAAAAGCCACGGAACCAUCAUGGCUGAAGGUAUGUGACUGAUUUGUUGAACAUUUUUACGCCCUUUCUUUAUUAGAAUCGAAUUAAAUGCAUUAUUUGAAUGGCUAUACUGUAUUUGAUUUAAUUGGGAUUUGUAAUGUUAUAAAACAUAGACGACUGUCUCCCCUUCGUCUUGUACAGUUAGUUGCUAAUUUUCACUUGCAACUGACUAGCUAGUCGGGUUCUACUAUAUCUGUUCGGGUGGCAUGUUGUUGGGUUGGGCGGAGAAGGCAACUAACGUUGGCUAGUUUAGCAGGCUAGCCACUUAAUUCGCCGGGUGGUUGGACUCAAUGAACGGGAUUGGUAACUAAAGAAAGCAGAAUUUGCUAACGCAGAAUGCAUAAGGAAGAGGAGGUGGCCAAGCUGCAGAAGCACCUAGCCCUGCUGAGGCAGGAGUAUGUGAAGAUGCAGCAGAAGCUGGCUGACACAGAGAGGCGMUGUGCCGUGCUGGCUGCUCAAACCUCUGGCCAGGGCUCCACCAACACCUUCGGAACCGGGGCAGGAGACACCUUCAUCAGCCGUCUGCUGGACAUCGUGGCCCAGCUCUACCAGCAGAACCAGUACAGUGAUCUGAAGGUGAGGGUUGGAGAGAUGACACUCAACGCUCACAAGUUUGUACUGGCUGCUCGCAGUGAUGCCUGGAGCCUGGCCAACCUGGCCUCCACCUCAGAACUGGACCUGUCUGAUGCCAAACCGGAGGUUGCCAUGGCAAUGUUGCGCUGGGCCUAUACAGACAACCUGGAGCUCAGCGAGGACGAUGCCUUCCUCAUCGACCUGAUGAAGCUGGCCAACCGCUUCCAACUGCAGCUGCUUCGAGAGAGGUGUGAGAAAGGGGUGAUGUCAUCGGUGAACGUGAGAAACUGUAUCCGGUUCUACCAGACGGCUGAGGAGCUGGAUGAUGACCUGAGGAAAGAGGACUUCAGCACUAUGAGUGCUCCGCUCCUCUACAAGAUGAUCAAGUCUAAAACGGAGUUCCCACUUCACAAAGCCAUCAAGGUCGAGAGGGAAGAYGUGGUCUUCCUCUACCUCAUUGAGAUGGACUCGCAGUUGCCUGGGAAGCUGAAUGAACUGGACAACAAUGGGGACUUGGCCAUGGACCUGGCUCUGUCUGGUAAACUGGAGAGUAUCGCCACAACGCUGGUUAACAACAAGGCAGAUGUGGACAUGGUGGACCAGAGUGGUUGGAGCCUUCUGCACAAGGCCAUCCAAAGAGGUGAUGAGUUUGCCUCCACUUUCCUGAUCCGCCACUCGGCCCAGGUGAACGCGGCCACGGUCGGAGCGGUGGAGACCCCCCUGCACCUGGUGUGUUCCUUCAGUCCCAGGAAGCACUCUGGGGACGUGAUGAGUGGCAUGGCCCACAUCGCAGAGGUUCUGCUCAAGACAGGGGCCAACCCCAACAUGCAGAACAGCAAGGGAAGAACUCCUUUGCAUGAAGCGGUGGUGUCGGGGAACGAGCCUGUGUUCAACCAGCUCCUACAGUGCAAACAGCUGGACCUGGAGCUGAAGGACCAUGAGGGUAGUACAGCUCUGUGGCUGGCCCUGCAGUACAUCACCGUGUCCUCUGACCCCAACGUUAACCCCUUCGAGGACGAUGCUCUGGUGGUGGAGAACGGAACAUCGUUUGAUGAAAACAGCUUUGCAGCCAAGCUCAUCCAGAGAGGCAGUAACCAGACGCCACCAGACCACCGGGGCAACUGUCUACUGCAGAGGGCAGCAGGUGCAGGCAGUGAGGCUGCCGCCCUCUUCCUGGCCACACAUGGGGCAAAGGUCAACCAUGCCAACAAAUGGGGUGAAACCCCUCUCCACACGGCGUGUCGCUGUGGUCUGGCGGGCCUGACGGCAGAGCUGCUCCAACAGGGAGCUAACCCUAACCUGCAGACCCAGAAGGCCCUCCCCGAUGAGGCCCAGGGGGUGUCCCUACAGAGCCCCCUCCACAUGGCCAUUGUACACAAYCACCCUGAUGUGGUGUCAGUCAUCCUGGAGCAGAAAGCCAAUGCUCUUCACGCCACCAACAACCUGCAGAUCAUCCCCGACUUCAGCCUCCUAGACUCCAUGGACCAGACGGUGUUAGGCCUAGCCCUCUGGACAGGUAUGCACACCAUAGCAGCCCAGCUCCUGGGUUCUGGGGCAUCUAUCAACAACACCAUGUCCAACGGUCAGACCCUGCUCCACAUGGCCAUCCACAGACAGGACAGCAGGAGUGCUCUGUUCCUCCUGGAACACCAGGCUGACAUCAACGUCAGGACCCAGGAGGGAGAGACGGCGCUGCAGCUGGCCAUCAGUAAUCAGCUUCCCCUGGUGGUGGACGCCAUCUGCACGCGGGGGGCGGACAUGUCCGUGGUGGACAAGAGGGGACACCCCCCUCUGUGGCUGGCCCUGGAGAAUGGCCUCGAGGACAUCGCCUCCACACUGUGGUUGUGAUGUGAACAGCCCGCGGCGUCCAGGCCCUAACGGGGAGGGGGGUGAGGAGGCCAGGGACGGACAGUCACCCCUCCACCUGGCAGGCAGCUGGGGGCUAGAUGAGGUGGUACAGUGCCUUCUGGAGUUUGGAGCCAACGUCAACACACAGGACGCAGAGGGCCGAGCUUCAAUCCACGUUGCCAUUAGCAACCAGCACAGCGUCAUCAUUCAGCUGCUCAUCUCCCACCCGGACAUCCGUCUGAACGUACGUGACCGCCAGGGCAUGACCCCCUUCGCCUGCGCCAUGACCCACAAGAACAACAAGGCUGCAGAGGCCAUCCUCAAGAGAGAGCCUGGGGCUGCCGAACAGGUGGACAACAAAGGGCGUAACUUCCUGCACGUGGCRGUGCAGAACUCUGACAUCGAGAGUGUUCUGUUCCUGAUCAGUGUCCAGGCCAACGUGAACUCCCGGGUGCAGGACGCCGCCAAGCAGACCCCUCUACAUCUAGCUGUUCAUGCUGGCUCCGAAAUGAUCGUCCGUAACCUGCUGCUGGCCGGGGCCAAAGUGAAUGAGCUGACCAAACACAGACAGACCGCUCUACACCUGGCAGCCCAGCAGGACCUKGCUACUAUCUGCUCUGUGCUGCUGGAAAACGGAGUGGACUUCACCGCUGUGGACGAGAAUGGCAACAACGCUCUGCACCUGGCCGUAAUGCAGGGUCGGCUUAAUAAUGUGCGAGCCCUUCUCACAGAGUCCAACAUCGACGCCGAGGCCUUCAAUCUCCGGGGCCAGUCACCGAUGCACGUCCUGGGGCAAUAUGGGAAAGAGAAUGCGGCGGCCAUCUUUGAGCUUUUCUUGGAGUGUAUGCCUGAGUACCCYCUGGACAAAGUGGACAAUGAAGGGAACACGGUUCUGUUGCUGGCCUACAUGAAGGGCAAUGCYAACCUGUGUCGUGCCAUCGUGAGGUCUGGUGCACGUAUGGGCCUCAACAACAACCAGGGAAUCAACAUCUUCAACUACCAAGUAGCCACCAARCAGCUGCUCUUCCGCCUCCUAGAUAUGUUGUCCAAAGAGCCCCCGUGGUGUGAUGGAUCAAACUGUUAUGAAUGUGCUGCCAAGUUUGGAGUCACCACAAGGAAACAUCACUGCCGUCACUGCGGCCGCUUGCUCUGCCAUAAGUGUUCUAUAAAGGAGAUCCCCAUCAUUAAGUUUGACCUGAACAAGCCUGUGAGGGUCUGUGAUGUCUGCUUCGACGUGCUGACUCUGGGUGGGGUGUCCUAAUGCAGUGGACAGCCUGCUCCUCCAUCCUUCUCUCCCUCCAUCUUCCCACCACCCUGACACCAUAGGCUGGGCAACAACAGGAGAUCGGGCGACACGGCAGCCAGGGCUUGUUAUUGGACAGAGUUAGACAGACCACAACCUCUGUACUAUUCAUUCCAGUCUAUCAAAACAUGUUAGCUAAUGUUCCAACAGGACUUAAGAAGUAGAAUAUAAAAAYAUUAUACAUGUUUUUUUAAAUCAAAUGAAUCAAGUAGUGAAAAUUGGAUAAAAUGAAAGUAGCUUGCUUGGCUCAAUGACUCCUGGGCUGGUUGGGGAGAGGGAGAUGUUAAUCAUAUUGUCAUGAUUUGACCCCUGAUAUCAUUCAUCAGGUGUAUGAAGGAAUCAUGGAAAUCAGUGACGAGGUCAUAUUGAGUCAGGGAUGAACGUGUGAUGGUGUCAGAUUGAAUCAUGAGAAUCAGUGAUGAACGUGUGAUGGUGUCAGAUUGAAUCAUGAGAAUCAGUGAUGAACAUGUGAUGGUGUCAGAGCCCUAACCCUGGUCUCGGUUGAGAGCAGACCAACAGAUGAACAGCAUGUGUGCAGCAGCAGCCUCACUGGCCUACUCAUCAAAGUAAUCCGUCACUGCACUGUGCAGUGAGACAGGAAACAGCAGCCUCACUGGCUGCCCUCUAAGACCUGCCCUGCGUUACAAUCAGCUGACCUUUGUCUCGAAAUGUGCACUUGUUCACUUCCCUUCAUGGAUUUAAAAGAAAAGGACUGCUAUAAGAAAUGUUAAUUUGCUGUAUUUUCUCUUUACUGUUGGCUGUGUGGCUGGUUCUAUAUGAACUAGAGACGGGUUGGUUGGAUUUUAAGGGAAUGGAGUUGAGACUAUUUUUCAUAUACAAAAAAAGAUAUCUAUUUGAAUUGAUGAUUUAAUGAUGGAAUUAUUGGAUUUAAUGAUUAAAAUGUUCAUGAAACACUAAUUGGGUUAAAUAUAUUGCUGAAUAUAUUGCUUAAUUAACUCGCAAUACUUAAAGUGAGAUCUCUGCUUUAAAAAUAAAAAAAAUCUAUGUGAGAGAUUAUAUUCACAUGAUUUGAAAUGUAACGGCAUAAAACAACCUCCAUACGUGUUUCUAGACCACAUGGUAAAGAUUUAGAGCAUCAGUAAGUGGGACUAGGCACUCAACUAUCACGUGAGGUCAAUGUAUUUUCUAUCAGAACUGGAAAGGCUGAGAACAUCUUUACCAUUGAGGAUUUGUUAGUCGCAAAUGCAAAAAUAAUUCUUGCUUUGAAAUUUUACUUCUAAAAUACAUAUUAUGCUUAUGCAUGUCAUUUAAUUUGUAGCCUAUAAUUUUGUAUUAUCUUAUAAUCAUUGUGAAUUGUGUCUGUUUCCCAGACCACCAAAGYGUACAUUCCAAUUCCAUGUAAUCUGGGUCUUUAGUAAAGUCUUCUUGUUGUGGGGGGGUUGGGGGGUGUGUUGUUAUAUGUAACAAGCUCCAAUUGGUAUUGCCUCAAGUGUUGUCUUAACCUGCCAGGCUAGUUUCCCAGACCCAGAUGAGUCCAGGACAACAACAACAAAAAAAGCACUUUCAAUGAACAUGUUCAGGCCUUUAGUCCAGAAAUAGGUUUGAUAAUCUGUGUCCAGGAAACCAGCCUGUAUGUUUUAAUGCGUCUGGAUUUCAAAACCUAACAGGUGCACUUUAUCAAAGAUCACAUGACAUUUCUGACAUUAGGGGAGAGAAUGUGAGAGGAGUUGGUGGUGGCCGUUGGUCCGUCAGUGGUCCACUAUAAGCAUUGUUAAAUUGUACAGAAAUGUAUAAUAUUUUUGACCACUACAACUGUUUUGUACUUAAUGCAGUUUGUGCUUCUUUUUUUUGUUGUCAUUGUGACAACUGAAAUGUUUGCCUCUGUUAAUCUUUUCUGAACAUUGUGUUCUCUCUAUGCUCAGAUAUCUAGCCUGUCUCUUCCUUCCGUGUCCUUUUUAGAGAAAAGGGAGGACGACUUUUCAUAAAGUUAAUCAAAAAUAAAACACAGAAUCUUGUUUUUCACUCUA